AUGAGGCUCAAGAAAGCAGCGCGCAUCAUCCUCGUCGGCGCACCGGGUGUUGGAAAGGGCACGCAAGCCGAGCGCAUGCUGCAGAGGUUUCCCCAGCUCUCCGCCAUCAGCUCAGGAGAUCUCCUCCGCGAGAAUGUCAAAAACCAGACCCCACUCGGUAUUAAAGCUGCGAGCAAAAUGCGCUCCGGCGCCCUCGUCCCCGACGCCAUGAUCCUCCGGGUCAUCCUCCACGAACUCAAGACUCGCGGCUGGCUCUUCCCCGCCGGGCAGACACCUCUGACUUUCAACUCGGUCUCUGCGAGCGCGGUACAGCAAGACUUCGAUACCGACUCCUACGUUGAGCAGCCGUCCCUCGCGUCAGCCGCUACCCCGCCCCAAACCUCCGACGAUCCCUCGGCCUCUUUCAUCCUCGACGGCUUCCCCCGCACUGCAGGACAAGCAUCUCAGCUCGAUGCGCUGAUACCCAUCAACCUCGUCGUGUCGCUGAAGACGCCCUUUGAGGUUAUACUCGAGCGGAUUGCAGGGCGGUGGGUGCAUGCGCCGUCGGGACGGGUGUACAACACUACAUUCAACGCGCCCAAGGUGCCUGGCAGAGACGACGUCACGGGGGAGCCGCUGACCAAACGGGAAGACGAUGAUGAGAGUACGUGGAAGACGCGCCUGGAGAAGUUCAAGGAGACGAGUGAGCCGCUGCUGGAGCAUUAUGCGCGGAAGGGCGUGCUAUGGGAGGUGCAGGGGCACAGCAGUGACGAGAUAAGUCCGCAGCUGUAUAGGGAGUUUGAGAGGCGGUUUGCACUGGAUUCGUAA